AUGAGUUGUCCUUCAGAUAACGAGUGUAAAUCGUCGUGUAGUCCCACCAAUCCUAAUUUUGCCAAUCAUACCUCUCCCAACCCCUUGAUACUCUCACAAUUGAAUGACACGAGGGCCAAGUCCACCAUCCCUUCCAAACAAUCUUGCUGGCUGUACCCUUCUCAGCGGCAGUUUUACAAAUCUACACUGAGUAAGGGCCACGAUGUCGACGCUAAGCUGAUUCCGACCGUUGUGGAAAUUCACAAUUUAAUCAACGAAAAGGCCUGGGAGCACGUUAUGGAAUACGAAUCGUUGCACAAAUCGUCCUGCAACAACCCCGUUUUAAUUCACUUUGUAGGUCGAAAGGAUAAACCCACCAUCAAGUCACUUGUAAACUCCAUUAUUGGCUACAAACGUCCCUAUGAUAGGCACGACUGGACUGUUGAUCGCUGCGGUAAACGCAGGAGGUACAUUUUAGACUUUUACGAGGGGUUCUCCGAGAACCCUGAUAAGAUGGGAAUCCAUUUAGACGUUAGGCCUGAUUUAUCCUUUGAUGGCAUAUGUGAUCGUCUCAGGCUCUGGGUCCACAAGUCCUUCGGGGGCACAUAG